UUCGCUUUACGGCAGAAGGGAACAAAAGAGGGGAAGUCGCUUCGCGACAGAGUGGCGGAAACGAGAGGGAGGAGUUGCUUUACGGUCGCCGGGGAAUGAGCCUCUACGACCUGUUCCGGGGCUUCUUCGGCUUUCGCGGGGAGCGCAGACCCCGAGACCCCUUCUUUGGGGGGAUCACCCGGGACGAUGACGAGGACGACGAGGACGAAGAUGACAUCGGCCCUUCCUUUGGGGCCAGGCCCUCUGACGACUUCGGCUUCGGCUUCACACUUGGCCCCGACGGGAUGCAUUUCCACGACAACUUCGGCUUCGACCAGCUCUUCCAAGACUUCAACAAUCUGUUCAGUGAGAUGGGAUCCUUGACUCUGCCUCGCCACCCCUUUGAGUUCCCUGGCAUAGAGGCACCACCAUCUGCCAACCGCCCUCGUGACAAGAAGCAAACACUGCGGGACUCGAUGCUGAAAUACCCAGAAAGCUACAGACCCAGCCGAGCCCUGGAGGAGGACUUGGGUCCUCCAGCGCCGGAGAGGCGGCCUUGGAGCCCAUUCCAGGGGCUGGAAGAGAGGCCGGCACCUGCUGACAUACAGGAAGUCCCAAAGGAGGACAGAGACCUGGACUCGCGUGUCACGUCUGAAGGGCUGGAGACGAUUCUGCCGCCAGCCAAGCCCCGGUCUUAUUUCAAAAGCAUCUCGGUCACAAAAGUGGUGGCUCCGGACGGGACUGUGGAAGAGCGCCGGACAGUGCGAGACAGCCAUGGCCACGAAGAGACGACGGUGACCCGCCAGAGCAGAGGGGAGUCCUAUCCCGGUGGUGACGGAGGCCGGCAAGGCGAGUCAGGUGACCUGGUACACCCAAGAGAAGAUCUGGAGGACUCCUCUUCCAUCUUGAAUGCCUUUUUCCGCCGCUGGUUCCAGGGUCGAUAGUUUGUCCCGGUUUGCAUGAGGUUUCCACCUGGCUCCUGGAGAUAAACUAUAGUUGCUCCUCCACGCCCCAUCUUUGACGUCGCUUUCUUCCUACGUGGCUUCUGCCCUUCUGGUUUCUGAGAAGGCCGUGCAGCCCAGAAAGAUGCAAUAAAGUCUCUAUUUGUC